GUUCAACGAUGAACGUAUGAUGCUGCUCGUAUAGAACGUGAUAUAGCAUCUCGCGGUUUCGUAAUUUUCUCGAUCAAAAAUUUUGAAACAAAAUGAAUUAUUGUGCGAUAGUAUCUUCGUGAAAAUUAUCGCAUUUGAUAUUCUUGUAUAUACGUUAUCAUUACCACACACGUAAGUGACGAGUGCGAUUAAUGUGCACUGCGUUUUUUUUUUCGUUCUUGUAGAAUACAUUGAUAUCGUUAUAUGCUGAAAUUGAGGUGGAACAGUUAAUACCAUAUUAAAUAAAAAUGGAUUCAUUUAAUAAUUACGGUAGGAAUGAUUUGUCGGAGAUGUAUCCGUCGUUUAUUAAUUUAAACGAAGAUGAAAACAAUCACUUACUCUUAGACAUGGAUUCGUUGGUUCCUAGACGUAGUAAUUUCUUAGCAAGUCGCGGUUGUGAAUCUGCUAGAGACAAGAAGAAAUGUUUUCUCGGUGAUGAGGAAUGCAAGGAAAUCGAUGGUACCGGAUGGUCAGACAAACCUAUCAAAAACUGGUGUCAAGAAGAAACAAUAAAUUGGCUUAUGUCAGCCGCAUCGUAUAUUGGUCAACCAUACAGUUCCAUUCAACAUAGUCUUGCUGUAUCAGGGAAGGAACUUGUGACUUUUACCCGACAAGAUUUCAUCAACUAUGAUCCAAUAUAUGGGGAUCGAUUGUACGAUCUUCUUCAUUCACAACGUGUAUCGAAUCUGCUGCCAUCAUUCGAUAUUAUUCAACCACAAUCGGAGGAUGAAUACGCGCCAAUUAUUUCAAACAACAUAUCUGAUGCAGAAUCAGAUAACAGUGUCGAAAUUGCAACAAAAAGACUACCUGGUAGACCGAGAAUAUUAAAGACCAAAAAGAAUCCUGCCAGUCAAGGAAAAUUAUGGGAAUUUAUUAGAGAUUUACUACGUAAUAGAGAAACGUGUCCUAGUUUAAUCUGUUGGGAAGAUUAUUCACAAGCCAAAUUUCGCUUUGUAAAAAGCGACGAGGUAGCAAAACGAUGGGGUUCACGGAAAGGAAAUACAAAAAUGACUUAUGAAAAGCUUAGUAGAGCUAUGAGAUACUAUUAUAAAAGCAAAAUAUUUCUACCGGUGCUUGGUCGAAGAUUGGUAUAUCAAUUUGGACCAAAUGCAAAAGGAUGGCAAACGGAUAAUCCGAAUUUCCGAAAUUGAAACGCCAUUGUCAAAAAAAAUAUUGUCGAGCAUAUAACGAAAUGUGCGAAAACAAUAGAAUAAACUGAAUAUUUUGUGAUGUUCUCGAAAUGUUAAAGAUAAUCGCGCACUUAACACUUCACUAAUUAAAGAAAUUAUUAAUAGGCCUCUCAUAUUAGAAUGAGCCAAUCAGUAAUAUGUUAAUAUGCUUUAUCUAGUAUCUUUUUAAAUAGUGCCACAAAUAUAAUUAUAUUGUUUCACAAAUAUAGAAGCAUAAUAAUAAGAUAAUAUAAUAAUAAGAUCUUGCACAACAAAAAAAGGAGCCUCAAGGAAUGUUCCUGUCUUGCCUUAGCGACUCUUGUCAUAUUCUUAUAUUUUUAAUAUUAUCAAAACUCUAAUUACAUAUUAAUUGCGAUAACAAUAAUUUUAAAAUGCAAUUUAAAAAAAUGUAAUUGCAAGAGAUACUAUUGAAGAAGAAAAAAUUACUAUUCAAGAAAAAAUGAAUAAUUUCGCAAAUAAAAUCACGAAGAAACGAAUCUUUUAUAAAAAU